GCGCCGGCCGCGUCGCUCGAUACGCGCGGCCCGCACGGCACCCUUCAGUACCAAGCCGGACGCACGCACCCCCGGUUUCUAACCCCGCUGCUCUAACGUCUAAACUAAACAGUAAUAAAUUUGCUAGCAGAAAGAAACAAAAUAAAAACACUUUUUCGAGAAAAAGAUCGACUUUUUAGUGUUAAGGAAUGAGCGCGUUUCACUCGUGUAAACACUUUCGUUCGAAAUACAAAUUCUAAAUUCGGGAAGAUUUGUUUUACGGUGACUUGGCGAAAAGACUCGUUUGUUUCUUAUUAACUUAUCAAUUUGCUUUUGUUGACACUCGGUGUUCUAAAUCUAUUUAAACAUUAUUUUUCGCGGUAAAUGCUUAAGUAUUUGGGAUUUGGUAAAAAAAAGUUCUGCAACUAUGGUGUUGCUAAGGUGGAAAAAUAUCGCAAUAUAUUAUUUUUAGACCGCUUAGUAUAAUUUAGCUUAAUAUCCCUGCGCUCCUGGAAACUCCUGGAAGAGACAACGUCAAAGUUUCAAUAGGUAGUUAAAUAUAAAUAGUCGAAAAUAAAUCUUUAGACAAUGAAUGAGAUAGACCUUAUUAAGGAGGUGGAGAAACGGCCAAUUCUGUAUGACAAGUCAGUCAGCGGCUUUAAUAAGACGAAACUUCGUGACGAAGCUUGGAAGGACGUACAAGAGGCGCUCAAUGUCUCCGGUAAUGUGGUUACCACAGAAGCGGAGUGUAAGAAACGGUGGCGGUCACUCAGAGACUCCUUCAUUAAGUUGCAGAGGACUCACGGGGGGCGGACGAGGUGGCCAUACCACUAUGCCAUGAGGUUCCUUCUGCCCCAUGUCGAACCAAAGAGCGAAGUCACCGAGCACCAACCAAGCAGUGAAGGCGCAACCAAACACGGGGACCGAGACAUAAACUAUCGUCUGUUCUCACACUGUCUCGCCUCGCCGGAAACCCACCUUGAGGAUUCCAAUAACCCCUGUGCGGAAGGCAAGUCCGAAACUGCUAUCAAAAGAGAAAUCGACGACUCGGACGCCGAAGAGGAGUUACGGCAGCGACAGAUCCAAGCGCUGCCCGACCUCUCUUUCCCCGACACCAAGUACGAGGAAGACGACGAAUCACAACCCUCGCCGAAAAAAGCGCGCCUCAACUCCGUCGACGAAGAAAACCCUUGCCUCUGCAACAGAACCGACCCCGACGAACUGUUUCUCCUCAGCUGUGCACCAAUCAUGAAACGGCUCAACUCUAAACAAAAUGCCGUAGCCCGACUAAAGAUCCAACAGGUCCUGUACGAAGCCGAAUUCGGCCAUCAAAUGGAGUUACCUUACGUGACUCCCGCUAGCGAAUGUAGCUUCGAUAAUAUCGAGGGUAGUGUAGGGUAACUAACUUAAAUUUAAAUAAAAUAUAAAUACUUACUUAUAUAAGAAUACACCGCCAAAACCUUGCCAGGAUUCAGGAGAUGAUUAGUCUAAUUACGAAUUAAUUUAUUUAGAGUCCAAAUGAGAAUUGCUAUGGUAAUAUUUUUGGACGUGG